AUGUUGGUAGCUUUUGGUUAUAUUGUGCAAAAGCAGAAUUCUGAUUUUGAAGAAGACUCUACAGAUGAUCAGACAUUUGAGGAAGGCCAGUUCACCAACUUAAAUGAAGAGAGUCAACUCAGUCCAGAUAGCAAAGGGAAGGCUGAGUUGGCGUCUAUUAAAUGUCAGUUGGCCAAUAUACAUAUCCAGGCUACAAAACCAAAAAGUAUUUUUCAGUUGUCUCCUUUGCAGCAAAGAAAGAAAUUGGAAAAUAAAUCCUUAAUCGGGUAUGAUACAAUCCAGAGGAAGCAGUUGUCGCCUUUAUCCCUGAGAUCUCCAGAACUGCCCAUUUCUGCUGCUUCAUAUUCAGAGCACAGGACAAUUGUGCCUAAAAACCAAUUGCUUCUUAAUGGAACUGGCCAGAGUAGCUUUUUAGAAAUGUAUGAAUCUGCAGACGAAAACUGUUCGUGGAAUAAUGUCACAAUAGCAGACUUGUAUCCAGGAAUGGUAAAAAAUCUUAGCAGACUGUUCGGUAAAGUAUCUCAAAAAUCUUUUUCCAAUUCAUUAACAGAGCGAUACAAAUACGGAUAUUGUCGUUCUAAAAAAGCAAAAUUUAAUACCAACACAGAGAAAACAAGAAAGUUCAGAGUACUAAAUCUGACACCUGGCUUCAUUAUUGAAAAACAUGAAAACAAGAAAUUAUCUAAAGGAAGUAAUGGCGACAGAAGUCCUUUUUACAAUUCAAAGCGUCAGAUACAAUGCUCAGAAAAAAGUAUUUACAGAAUUGAAUCUGCUGUAUCUCAGAACUCAGAUAGAAGGAUAAUAGACUGUUCUGGUAUUGCAGAAGAUUAUUCAUACAGUGAAAGAACUGGAAAACGUGUUACAGAGGAAACUUUUUUCCCUAGAACUCUUUGUGCAGAUAAAACAUUUUUGGUCAAUAAUACAACUUGUUUCCCUUUAUCUUCAAACGAUGUAAAAAAGAAUCGAAGUUUUGAAGAUUUUUCCCAUACAUUUUGCACUGUAGAUUUAGACACAACAUUUAAUCCAAAAACAGGAAGAGAAACUGGCGAACUGAGUACUAUGGCAUUCAAAACUACUUCAAGUUUAAGUUUGUCCUUGAAUGGCAAAACAAACUCCAUUUUAAAAGGAAGCAAGUCUCCAGUGAAAACCUGUAAUGGACUAAAAAAUCAUGAAAUUAAAACUUUCACUGCCAGUGUUUCACUACCACGAAGUCAUUCUUUUUCAUCGUUUCAUGUUAACCGAAGUCCCAUUUAUAAAAAGAAAUAUGAAGAUGCAUUUGAAAAAUUAUAUAAGGAAUUGUGUUCUCCAAAGUCACAGAAACCAUUUAAGUGUUCAAAUAUAUACGUGAGCCCUAGAAACUCUGCAGACGUACAUUUUUCGGGUUUAGAUAAGCUGUCCUCAAAUUUCCCUAAAAAAGCAAACAAUACGAUUGAAGAUCUGUACCAGAAAUUAUGUUCCGAAGGUUUCCCCAAAAUUCCAACAUUUCUAAGAGCAGCAAAUUUAAAAAAAUACGAAGGAGUGCAGAUAUCUGAAACUGUAAAUGCCCUUGUUAAUUCUCCAAUAAGAACUCUGCCUGCUGUUGCCAGAAUUAAAAGAGCGGCACAUUUUUGUAAUGAAGAUUCUCAGUAUUCGCCUUUAAAAAGGUUAAAAAAUAAAUGUAGUAAUUCUUACAGAAUACAGAAUCUACAGAAUCAGAAAUUUCCUUGCUGGAAAACCAUUAGAAAUGACGCAACGUUCACAUUGCAUUCACCUGUUAAAAACAGUUUGGCAUCAAAUACGAAUUACGGAGGUUCUGUUUCUCCAGGCCAUGGCUUUUUGGCCACUUCAAUUGCUGAUAUGGAAGAGUCUGGGAUUUCAGAUAUGAAUGAAAAUAUUCCCAGGUGUUUGCGGGGUCGUGAGUUUUCAAGAAGGUCACAGAAUGUUAUACCAAAAGUUUCCAGAAAGCUAAGCUAUAAUGAUGGGAGAAUCAGAAGCAGAGAAUUCAUACAGAAGGAUUAUGAGGAAACAUUUCUGGAAAGAUUUGGAGAGGAAAAUGAUAUUUUUUAACAAAAUAUAUCUUAAUCCCAGUAAUUUCUAAACAGAACACAAAUUAAGUGGAAUAUUCCUGAAUUAAGGUAGUAAAAUAUUUUCACCAGUUCUUUAAAAUUCUUUAACUCAUCAGCUUUAGCACAGGGCAAUAGACCUAAAAGACUGCAGUGAAAAUAGAGAAAUAACAACUACUAAUAUAGUUCAGCAUCCAUCUCUAUCCAAUUAUUCUCUGUCAUUUGAAAGUUAUGGAGAUAAUGGAAACUGUUUCUAAAAUUCAACAGUUCAGUUAAUUGUUUUUUUCCUUCUUGGUGAUUUAUUCAGCUUAAGUGACUAUAAGAAACAUCUUUUGUGGUACUUAAUUUGUUUAAUCUGCACCUCUAGAAAAAGGUUAUUGGAAGUUGGGGUAUAAUCAAGAUUUAAAUGUGUUUUUAUAUAGUGCUUUUAACUUACUAUUCAAUAAGCUCAUGCUUUAGGAAAAAUCUUUAUUUCAU